CUUAUUAUUUGGAUGAAUCGCUACUAAGGAUCAACGUUCCCAACCUUACGAAGUGUAGCAUCAGCAUCUCUGUUCCUGUGAAUCAGAUGGCUUUUGAAGAGCUGUCAAGCAGAAAUGAGGCUCUGGAUGUUGCUCUGAAUGAAGGGUUUGAUGUACAGUAUACCUCAGUCAUCCUGAACUGUUCUGCCUGCCAAAAUUCAGGUGGGAGAUGUGGAUCAAACAUUACAUCGCUUGAGUUCUUAUGCCCCUGCCCUGACCAACUUUACCCUCGAAUGUGUCUCAAACCUGAUGCUAUUUCUUGGCAGUUUCAUCCUUCAUAGUCAUAGAGGUAGGUCAGACUUCUAAAUCAAAAAAUUUUCUUUCUUCCUCUGACAAGAAAGAUAAUUGUACAUU